CAGAUGACAAUCAGCUGUUCGACAAUGACAGUUUCGGGUCCGUCAAAUCUUUGACAAUCAAAAUGGCGAUAUAAGCUGUCCAAGACAAAGGAUUGUGGACAUUUCAACGAGUUUUUCUUUGGAAAAUUUAAGUGAUUUGUUGGGAAAAGUUACGGAAACGGGAGUUUAUCGGUCCCAGAAGAAGAUGUUGACGCUAGAAGUGGCCCCCGAACGUUCGUUAGGCUGUGAACAGUGGGAGUUCGUACUAGGAAUGCAUUUCUCUCAGGCUGUUGCCAUUAUCCAAGCCCAAAUUGGUAUUAUAAAAGGUGUACAAGUACUAUAUAAUGAUGCCAAACCAUUAGAAAUAGAUUUAGUAAUAAACUUGCCCCAGGAUGGCAUUAGGUUAUUUUUUGAUCCCAUAUCCCAAAGGUUAAAAAUUAUUCUAGUGUAUAAUAUGAAAUUUGUGAAACUUAAGUAUUGUGGAUUAACAUUCAACUCUCCUGAACUUCUGCCAUCUAUAGAACAAAUUGAACACUCUUUUGGAGCUACCCACCCAGGCGAAUAUGACUCUGAAAAACAAGUGUUUACACUGAAUUUUCGAGGUUUAAGCUUCUAUUUCCCUGUGGACUCAAAAUAUCAAAAAGGAAGUACACAUAAUCUGGCAUCUUUGCAAUUUCCUCCAGGAAAUAGUCCAGUGGUUUCAAGGCUUGCAAUUUAUUCAGGAAGUAGUGUAGAUCAGGCUUCUGCCCCAGAGUUACCGUUGAGCUGUUAUCAUGGGCAAUUAUACUUGCAAAAAGUGGAAGUGUUGAGAGGUGAAGGUUAUACAAAGGGGCUCAAGUUACAGUUGUUGGCAGGUACAAACAACAGAAUUAUCGAUUCUACAAUACUGAACGUUGAAAGGAAGGUCCUGUUAGGGCAGUCAGCUCAGGAUGUUUCUUCUGCAUUAGGUGCUCCUCUGAAGGUCUUUUACAAAAGCGAGGACAAAAUGAGAAUACACGCCCCGAAUGCCCAUAGAAGGGUCACAACCAAUCGAAGUGAUUAUUUUUUUAAUUACUUCACAUUGGGACUGGAUGUCUUGUUUGACGCUCGUACACAUUUGGCGAAAAAAAUCGUCUUGCAUACGAAUUACCCAGGUCAUUACAACUUCAACAUGUACAUGAGAAACGAAUUCGAAUUGCCGCUAGGUGGCACCACUAUAACGGCUUACUCAAACUGGUCGGAGGUAUGUAAGCAGUUGACGCCCAGCGAAAGACCCGUAGUACUCAAUAGAGCCAGUUCCACCAAUACAACCAAUCCUUUCGGCAGCACGUUGUGUUACGGUUACCAAGAUGUAAUUUUUGAGGUGAUGCCAAAUCAUUAUAUAGCAUCUUUGAGUAUGUACGGAGAUGGUAGACCUGCUCAACACCAUCUGUCAAAGCAGGCGUGACAGAGGUUGUCCGCCACCUACCUUAUUCUAACAAACAGGUACUGGCAGCCCAAGGACGAGCUGGCCUACUAGAAAAAGGCCAUUUAAAAAAAAUCAGGCUAUCGCUCGAAAAAAUUAGGUUAUUUUCCUAUAUCAAGAGAAAAUCUAGUUAAUCAGAUGUUAGCAGUAUUUAGUUGAGCGAUUCUGGGUCACUUUUAACCAUGAAAAAGUCAUAAAAAGCAUAAAAUCUCCAAGAAAAUGUUUGAAAAAAAAUACGCUUAAAGGAUUUAAUUUAUGUGAAAAUACUGGUUCAACUGGCCAAUUCGAUGAUGAUUGCAUCAGCAACAGCUUCAGUUCAAACAAAAGACAAAACUACCUUACUUGGAUAUUUUCCAAGAAUUUCGUAAGUUUUCUAUUCGUCGUCGUAUUCUUAUAAAAUUGUUUUCAACCUUGUGAACAUGUGCUUAUUGUACAUGAAGCGAGGGCCAGUGUGUCAUGUACUGUGUUCAUUUUUGGUAUAUUUUAAGGUUAGAUUAUUAUAUUAAACGUCUCAAAGGUUGCAGUGUAUACGUGAAUAAUGAAGAAUUAGCCCAAUGACAAUAAGCAAAUGAGUUUGUAUUUUUGUUUUCAUUUGUGAGUUUAAAUCUGCUUAAUAUGAAUGAUACAUUUGCGUUUGAGUAUAUGAUAAGAGAAAAUAAAAAAAAUCAGAUAUAGUGCAGUCUUUGAGAAUUAUUAUUAUAGUUAUAGGCAUGGAAUGAAGAAAUUUCUGAAGUAACAUUUAUUGCGCUAUGAAUAUACUUAAAGAUCCUAGAGGAAUAUUUUUAACUGUUUUGUACCCUAUUCUUGAAAUGGCCCAUAUAUUCUUCAGUUUACCUUGAUAUUGCCCAAAAUAAGUGUCACUUGUGUUAUAUCUUUAUUCUAAAAUUCUAGGCGUGAUUCAUAUUAACUUAGGCGGCAAAAAAUCUCUAUUUGACUUCUUAUCCAAUAUUUAUUUAUGUCAACUUUAAGUACGUGGCCCAACAUAAAGCUGGUAGUGAGAAGGUAGCGUAGUGUAUGGCGGAGAAGAGCGCGUACAGUGGCCCCAUAUGUAGCGGGUUUGCAGGCGGAUUUUAACAGUCUCAAUACCAAAAUGAGCAGUACGCGCGAAAAUACACUACCAGCGCGUCAAUCCGCAUUACGCUACGCGCCUUAUGUGGGGUCACAUCAAUUUAAUGCAUGUGCUCUGCUCCGCUGUACGCCUCAUCAUAAUCACAUGUUGGACAUGUUGGAAACAAAGCCAGUCAAGUUUAUUGGAUGGGCAGUCAAAAAUUGAUGUUUCAAACUAGAAUACACUCAAUAUUUUUUUUUAUUUCUGUAAAAAUAUCAUUCUCAGUAUAGAGACAAAUAAUGUAUUUAUGUUUUUUAGGUUUUAUAAACCUGGAAAGUUUCUUUUGGUUUUUCAUUAAUUUAUUCUAUUAUUAGAAAAGUGUUUUGACUUCUACACCUUAAAUUAUUAUUAUUUGUCAUAGGUAAAAUAGGAUUAUUGUCUUCAAAUGACAAAUAACAUAAUAUUAUGUAAAAAUUUAGUUGAAUAUGCUAAAUUAGUGCUGCAAAAUUAAAGCAACUUUAACUCAGAAAAUAUUUCAUUUGAGAACAGUGGAAAAAAAAACAGAAAUAAGAUACUAUAAGUUUAAAUUUACCUUUUUUUAGAAAGGAUUUCCGUUCUCUUUAAGUCAAAUGUAAAAGUUGCUCUACCUUUGUGGCGGUAAUAAAAGAAAUGUUUUUUUAUCUGACGUUUGAAAGCAAUAACAUUUUAUCUACUAUAUGUUUUUAAAAUACAUGAAUUUUGAUUUUCCGGAUUGCUUUUUGCAAUUUAAAUACCUUAAAUGUUAUACUUUAUCAUAAAAGUUGAUUUUCUUUUGUCCGAUAGUGUAUAUAUUAGUACUUGCAAUAUAUCAUCAGAAUGCACUAAUUAUCACCCAUUAUAUUUAAUAACAUUAAACUUAUCAUUAUACUAAUAAUAUUUAUAGUUAAGUAAAAAAUAGAUUGUCUGGGAAAUUGACAGAAAUUAGUUAUUUUCAUAUUUUUCUUAAGCUAGAUUGUGGCAUUAUUUUUUCAUAGGUAUAUAAGUCAAAACACCAAAAAGGUAAAAAAUAAUUACAUAUAGAUCAAGAUACUUUUUUAUCAUGCGUACAUACAUAUAUGAUUUUUUCUAUGAUAAGGUAAUGUUUAGCUCACACCAUAUUUUUAUAAUCGAAAAGUAGAUUGUUUCCAUUACCACUAAAAAUAUAUAUUAAUUUAAGAUAUUGUAAAAAAAUAUUUAAAAAAAAACACAAAAAGAAGGGAAAACGAAUAUUUCUAGUAUGUAUAUUAUUUUCUGAAAUUCUGUGAAAAAUUUAUUUAAAAAAUUAAAUAAAUUAUCCAUAAAAAGAUAUCAUAAAAGAAUUAAAAACAGUGUUAAAUUUUGCUUUUAUUUUCAUCACGAUAUGCAAUAUGCAUUAAAAAUGUUAAAUUAUUAAAAAACAGUUGAUGUAAAGUAGUAUUUAGUCUUUUUUAAAUGAAACUGAAACACAUAGUCAUAGGAUCUAAACUUGUUAUACAUAUAUUUAUUCUGUUCUUAUUACCUGUAAACCUCAAAAUAGUAUAGAUUAAUUUAUUUAAAAAAAUUACCAUACAUUUAAUUUUUCUGUUAGCUCUGAUUGUUAUUGUCAAAUUGUUCUUUUUAUAUAUGUAAAAUCAAAUCUCUUGGUGAUAUUUUUGUUAGAUCUCAUAUUCAUCUAAGUUUGUACAUAGAUCACAGAUGAAAGUUCGAAAAAAAGGAGAAAUAAACUUUUUUAAACA